CACGACGGCCGCGCAACGACCUGUUGUGAUCCCGUCAUGGCGCGCUACGCCCGUGUCGCUACUCUGGCCGCGUGUCUCUUGUUCGCCUGCGCGGUUGCCGAUGGGCACCGAUGGCGGCGGCAGGCUGACGACCGCGAGGCGCCGAAGAAAGACGACAGCUUGGAGGUAGAGCUAUGCAAGGACAAGGACGCCGGCGAAUGGUUCCGCCUGGUGGCCGGCGAGGGCGACAACUGUCGCGACGUCAUCCAGUGCACCGCCUCCGGCAUCCAAGCUAUCCGUUGUCCAGCAGGUUUAUACUUCGAUAUUGAGAAACAGACCUGUGACUGGAAAGACGCUGUGAAAAACUGCAAAUUGAAAAACAAGGAGCGUAAAGUAAAACCUUUGUUAUACACCGAAGAGCCCUUGUGCCAGGAUGGAUUCCUGGCUUGUGGUGACUCCACCUGUAUUGAGCGAGGACUUUUCUGUAACGGCGAAAAAGACUGCGCUGACGGCUCCGACGAAAACUCAUGUGAUAUCGACAACGACCCCAACAGAGCCCCGCCUUGCGAUGCCUCGCAGUGCGUGCUACCCGACUGCUUCUGUUCUGAAGACGGCACGGUUAUUCCCGGUGACUUGCCCGCCAGAGACGUACCCCAGAUGAUCACCAUCACUUUUGACGAUGCUAUCAACAAUAACAACAUUGAACUAUACAAAGAGAUUUUCAAUGGAAAACGUAAAAACCCUAAUGGUUGCGAUAUCAAAGCCACAUACUUUAUUUCGCACAAAUACACUAACUACUCAGCCGUUCAAGAAACUCACAGGAAGGGUCAUGAAAUCGCUGUACAUUCCAUCACGCACAAUGACGACGAACGCUUCUGGAGCAACGCUACGGUUGACGAUUGGGGCAAGGAAAUGGCUGGUAUGAGAGUCAUCAUUGAGAAGUUCUCUAACGUCACAGACAACAGCGUAGUGGGUGUUCGCGCUCCUUACCUCCGUGUCGGUGGCAACAAUCAGUUCACCAUGAUGGAAGAACAAGCCUUCUUGUACGACAGUACUAUCACUGCUCCCCUUUCCAACCCACCUCUAUGGCCCUACACUAUGUACUUCAGAAUGCCACACCGUUGCCACGGAAACCUACAGAGUUGCCCCACUAGGAGCCACGCUGUGUGGGAAAUGGUAAUGAACGAACUUGACCGUCGUGAGGACCCCAACAACGAUGAAUAUCUACCAGGCUGUGCUAUGGUCGACUCUUGCUCUAACAUUCUGACUGGAGACCAAUUCUACAACUUCCUUAACCACAACUUUGACCGUCACUACGAACAAAACCGUGCCCCAUUGGGUCUGUACUUCCACGCCGCCUGGCUUAGAAACAACCCCGAAUUUUUAGAAGCUUUCUUGUACUGGAUUGACGAAAUUCUUUCUAGCCACAAUGACGUAUACUUCGUAACAAUGACCCAAGUAAUCCAAUGGAUCCAAAACCCCCGCACUGUUACUGAAGCCAAGAACUUCGAGCCCUGGAGGGAGAAGUGCUCUGUAGAGGGCAACCCCGCUUGCUGGGUCCCUCACUCGUGCAAGCUCACAUCCAAGGAGGUUCCCGGAGAGACCAUCAACUUGCAGACGUGCGUGAGAUGCCCCGUCAAUUACCCCUGGCUCAAUGACCCCACGGGUGACGGCCACUAUUAGAGCCAUGAUCUCACGCCCUCGAGCUCUAAGUAGUUGAUAUAAUAAAAUCUAAAGAGUGAUUUGCAUGGAUAACAUAGGCGCAGUCGAUACUAUAUAA